AGUGGGAAACAAACUAGGAACAUGGUGUUCCUGUGAGACCAGAUGUGGGAACAAUCCCAACACACGCAAGUUGACUCUGCACCCAAACAGCGGCGUGGCGUAGCCCCGGUUUUGUUGUGAAGACGGAAGCGAUAGGAGGACUUCCCUCUGGCUAAUUCAUUCCUUUUUGGAAACAGUUAAAGGAAUACCCCGCCGCCUGCUCAGACAUGUCUACUGCGUACAAAAACAGGAUACAGGAAUUCAAAGGAGCCUUGAGUGAGGAAAAUAUAAACCUGAAGACACUGAGGGAGCUGUGCUUCAAUGGGAUCCCAUUUGAAGGAGGCAUACGAGCACUUUGCUGGAAAAUCCUUCUUAAUUAUCUACCUCUCGAUCAGACAUUAUGGGAGUCUUCCCUCAAAAAGCAGAGGGAGGAGUACUCCCAGUUCCUGAAAGAAAUGAUCAUUCAGCCCGGGAUUGCCAAAGCCAACUUGGGUCUUUCCAGAGAAGAUGUGACUAUGGAGGACCAUCCUCUAAAUCCUAACCCAGACAGCAGGUGGAAUAACUACUUCAAAGAUAAUGAAAUUCUACUACAAAUUGACAAGGAUGUAAGGCGGCUGUACCCAGACAUGGCGUUCUUCCAGCGUCCUACAGAAUACCCGUGCCAACUCAUCUUGGACCCUCAGAAUGAUUAUGAGACUCUGCGUCGACGAGUUGAACAAACCACCCUGAAAGCACAAACUGUAAACCGCAACCGCAGCGGCGUCACCAAUGUCAGCUCCCCUGGAAAGGCUUUGAACUUGUAUCCAUCUAAUGAAUAUGAGGUGCUGCCCAAUGGGAGUGAAGCACACUGGGAGGUGGUGGAGCGGAUCCUCUUCAUCUAUGCCAAACUCAACCCUGGUAUUGCCUAUGUACAGGGCAUGAAUGAGAUUGUUGGGCCAAUUUACUACACCUUUGCCACGGACCCCAACAGCCAGUGGAAAGAGCACGCUGAAGCAGACACAUUCUUCUGUUUUACCAACCUGAUGUCGGAGAACAGAGACAACUUCAUCAAGAGCCUGGAUGACUCUCAGUGCGGCAUUACCUACAAGAUGGAGAGCGUGUACUCCAUGCUCAAAGACAAGGACCUGGAGCUCUAUCUCAAGCUGGAAGAGCAGAACAUCAAACCCCAGUAUUUCACCUUCCGCUGGCUGACCUUGUUGUUAUCUCAGGAGUUCCUUCUGCCAGACGUUAUCCGUAUCUGGGACACCCUGUUUUCUGACCAGGAGCGAUUCCACUUCCUCAUCCUGGUCUGCUGCGCCAUGCUCAUACUCAUCCGAGCUAACUUACUGGCAGGAGACUUCACAGUGAAUAUGAGAUUACUGCAGGAUUACCCCAUCUCAGAUGUCCACACCAUCCUGACCAAGGCCAAAGAGCUGCAGGAUAACUCCUAACCUGUUGACUCUUUUCCUCCUACCUUUUCUGCGCCGAUGCGGUAGGUUGGAGGUUAAACGUUCAACAACAUUGUCAUGUCAAACAUGUUUGGUGGAAGGACUUGAUCAAUGAAGAGCCUGGACAGAUGUGUUGGGGGAAACCCAGCAUACUUCUUUUUAACUUGAUGUCUGAUGUUUGGUCAGUGGGGACUGUUGUGAAACCUUUGAGGACGUGCUGAAACUAUUCCUUCCUCAAAGUGGGGAGGAGAUGCCACUUGAUGCAUUAUGGGAAAAGGCUCCUCUCACCGCCAUCUCUCCCAUGGAGACUUGUGCUCAGAUAAUGAUGUUUGCACUGAACAUCUGAGGGAGAGGGAGCCACUUGAGUCCUACAGUACACUACCGAUCUCAGUUUGUCCUGAAACAUACUAGAAAUCUUUAACAAGAGCCAGGAAUUUAACAAAGAUCCCACUGUAUCCUUAUAUGGAGUCAGAUUGAGCAAGUGUUUAAUUGAGCUGGGUUGAGCAAUAGCACGUGUUUAUUCUUUAAGGUUUGUUUUUUAAACGUUUUUAAUGUAAGAAACAUGUAUGCCUUAUCUGUUUAAUGGUUUGAAACAGGAGACAGUAUUUCUGGGUAGACUGAUGCUGAAAGAAUAUUUUAUGAGUAACCUUCUUAAAAGCAUUAUUUAUUGAGCGUUACGUCUCAGCAAUGCUUUUGACCCACUGACAAUGUAGAUCAUUUUAUUUUGAAGAACAAAAUGCUUACUUUCAUUUCAUCGUGCAGCCCUGUGCUGCAGAAUCCAUUUACCUUGUAUUGAAAGAAGGGCAAGAACCAUCAGAGCAAAUGGUGGUGCUUUUCACACUGAACACUACUUGCUGAGCUUUUUCUCCAACUUGGGUUUACACAUAUCUCUACAGUAGUUUCAUUACAAUACUUCUAUCAUGACCAGUCAUUAAUAGUGUGAGUAUUACAUCUAUUUACAAGUCAUACUUAUAGUUUCUGCUGUUAUAUAAUACGAUGCCAAUACGUUAACAGAUUUGGUACAUACACCACAAUUUUACUUCUUUUGAUACUUUAUAAAACCCUUUAUUCUACAAUAACAAAAGAAGCCAACUGCUGUAACGGCUGACUGAGAUUUUCCCUAAAAUAAAAUGGUCUUGAAUUGACAUGAAGAUUUAAAUUGGAGAUGGAAGUAAAAAGAUUACCAUUCUGACCAGACUUUUAAUGGCUGACAGUUUUCAAUACUAGGAUACAUUUUGGAAUGCAGAAAUAAAAUUUCAGAUUUGAUAGCCAGCCCGCAGCUAGUGAGUCUUCCAUUUGUUGGAGAUGGAAUGUGACAUGUAUGUUGUUUCUAACAAAGAUGUUGCCAUUGAAUGGGAGGUUAUGGCUAAAAUAUUUGAUUUAUUGAGAAUGGGCCAAACUAAACAACAAUCUUCGUCUUGUGCUACUAUCAAAAACAACACACCAAAAAGACCCUUAGCAGCUAUAUUGAAUGUUAUUUUCUAAUAACUGUACAGCGUGUUAUUAAAUACGUCACAUCUCAGAAACACCCAGUACAUCCUUACGUUGUGUCAGUGCAACUCACAUCAGUACUUUAAUAGGGCUGCACGAUUUGAAUAAAAAAAGUCAUAUUGUGAUUAUUGUGGACAAAAUUGCAAUUUGCGAUUCAAUUAUAAUGGAACAAAUGGAACUAUGAGUCUACUUGCUUAAUUGUCAAAGAAUGCACGAAAUACUGACAUUUUGUAUGUAGAUUUCUCAACUUGAUCGAAGUUAAACAAUAAACAAGUUGUGAUCAAGUUGGACAGGCUAGAAGCAGCAAAUAUUGGCACACUGGCACCGGCUCCAUGUCCAUCUGUCUAAUGCAGAGUCUCUAUCCACAACCUGGAGGAGGAACUGUUUCAUUUCUGUGGGUUGUUUUUAUUCAUCAAAUCCUUGUGCAAGCAAAAGGCUCUACAUCAGUCUCUCAUUUGUUAAUACUGAGUCCUAACUUGUUAAUGAUCAUUUUGUUCAACAUUUAAUGAUUUACUGUAGCACGUCAAACUUUUUGUCCUGCCCCAUCCAGCCUGUGAUUGGUCGGUAGAUUCUUGUCUUAAAAGUUACUGUCACACUGCUCAGAAAAAGAUUGCACUUAGGUCUAUCUGUUUUUAGGGGCACAGGUGAGAGCCUGGUGUGGGCGGAGAUAAUGAGCAGACUGCAGCGCACACACAGAAGAGAGCUCACACACACUUAUUCUGUUUUAUUAAAUCGCACACUUUUUGUGGUUAUGUAAUCGCACAUGACGACAUCGCGAUUGCAAUCAGACCAGUCGUGCAGCCCUUUACUUUAAUGAUGGAUGAGUCUAAAUAUCUGUUCCAGAAGUAUGUCAUAAUAUUUGGUUGUUUAUUGAAGGAUAACAUAUCCUGAUGACUAAUUGAUAUUUUUUGAUGAUGAGCAUGAAAACCUCUACCCACUCUUUAUUCUUUUAGCAAAGCUAACAGAUAAAGCGGAAUGACAGUGGAGUAGCAUGACUGACCAUUAUUGCUGAAGCUCACACAGGCCUGCAAUUGAUUGUUUUUGAAGAAAUAAAACCCUCUUUUACGAUAAAUAAAAUGCAUAAAUAGCCCAGGGUUGACGGUGCAGAUUAACUUUUGGUUAAGCCUGAUAAUGCUCAGUGUGAACACCAGCACAGCUCAACAGAUCAUAUCAUCUGAUCCAUGUGGCAGACUGAUAGAGUAUAGAUUAUAAUUUGAAUGUAAAUGUCUUAACUUAAAUCUGCCACUGCCGUAAUAUCCAGUCACAAGCUUGUAUGUUCAUCAGUGCGGAAACAGAAAAAGCUCAAAAUAUACUGGUGAGAUCCAGCUUAUUGAAUCAUUGAAUGCAUACUCAUGAAGAUUUUGAAGAAAUGAAUCGGCAUUCGGCUGUAAGCCAAGAAUGAAACUCAGAAGUCCUUGCUGAAGAGGUCAACUCGACUCACUCUGUGUCACCUCUACUUGUAAAGUACAGGAUUUUUAAAUAUGAUCCUGUCUGUUUUUUCUGCUACCAAAGUUUAAAUCUUACCAUCCUGUACAAAACACACUACUGAAAUGUAGUCUUUAUUGUUGUUGAUGUGUGGAAGCUGUUUACUUUUCACGAACAGUAUGUAACGAUGCAGUGCUUUUUAAAAUGUGUUGAUGAGCUGCUCAAAGAACACAUUUAUGUGUGUGUGUGUGUGGGGGGGGGGGGUGGUCAGAAGUGCUCUUUCAUAAGAACUGAAAAGGAUCUUCUAGACUGUGUUAAAUUAAAAUCGCUCAACAUCUCAUAACAGAUCAGAAAUGGUGUCAUUCUCUGUUGUCAUCAGUGCUUCUCCUGUCAAAUACUGGAUGGCAUUUGACACAUUUUUCUGAGAUGUUAAAAAUAUCAAAUCACUAUUUGCUUUUGAUUUUAAAUCCAGUAUAUAAGGACUGUUGGAUACCAAUUUAUCAGUCCACUGGUGACAGCCCCUCACACUUUAGGAUCUUCUAGUCAAUAAAAUGUAACCAUCAAAAACUAUUCUCUCUGGCCAUAUUUCUUAUUGUCAAUAAAUUCCAUAAAAUAGUUUAACACUUUCUGACUUCCUUACCCCAUCUGUGACUCUCAUUAUCACUAGCCAGCAGACCUGUCCUUCAAAAUAAACAAAAUAACUCACUCUAGCUGCCUUUGGAUGGAUUUAACUUUGUGUAAUAGGUUAAUCUCUUAUACCUAAAUGACCCCUAGGCUUGUGCCAUCCUACACCUUAAACUGCAGUGAGACAGAUCUAAUGUCUGCAAAAGAGGAGGCCAGAUUGAUUAUAGUUCUAAAAAUAAGUGGCUAAAAUCCCCUUACCGCCACAGACCUUUUGCUGCUGCAAGCAGCAUUUCCUCCUACUUAACAUUGUGAGAAAAAGUAAUCGUAAAUAAUCAACCUUUUCAAUUGUACUUUAGCUAGAUAUCUAUAUGCAACCACGUAUAAAAGUAGAAUAUGUUCACUUUGAAAGAGCAAGAAAGACCAAGCAUUCUAAGACCAAAACAAAGAUUUUUUGCAUUUGAAGGUAUUUUUUAUCACGUGCAAAAGUCUGUGAAUAUUUUUUGUGGGACUGUCACUAAUUGAUGGCAUCCACAUGCUCCUCUUUGUAAUGUAUAUUUAUUUCUAUCCUGAUGAAUGUGUGUGUGUUUUGGAAGGGUGAUGUUCACUAUACUCGUUAUGUCUUAUGUCAGUUAUUUGCAUGGUUCCAAUUUUGUAAGCACAUUUUUGUAAUGUUGCCAGUGUUAAGACUUGUAGAUAUGUUUUUACAUGUUUGCAGAUGUGCAUUAAAAUGAAUGAUGGUAUAACUCAA